AUGAGGCUCAUGCGCUUGCGGGUUUUUGUGUUGGCGUCUGCUUUGCAAGCAGGUGUGGGGUUAAUAUUUUCUGCGCUGUGCGGUACUUCUAAAAUUCCAGGGAAGUGGGUUAGAUUGGGUAUCGGGCAUGAAGAUCGAACAAAGACUUUGUAUCAGGAACAACUUUAG